GACUCUCACCGACCACAACAACGUGCGGAGUUGCAGGUGAAACUUCGUCUUUCUCCUUCUUCACCAUGGUUUUCUGUAAACUAACAUUCGUCACAUGCAUCUUCUGCCUGGUCAUGUUCAAAGCGCUGGGUCAGGCGCUCCUCGGUGUCGGACUGCAGAACCCGAAGUUCGUCCCGGUGGAGACCUCGGCCACCGACUAUGAGAUCCGGAUCUACGUGGAGAGCAAGUGGGUCAGCACCAGCCUGCGCGGGAUGGCGAUGGACGAGGCCAUGAACACGGGGUUCCGCAGACUCUUCAACUACAUUCAGGGCAACAACCAGAACAAGACCAAAGUGGAGAUGACGGCGCCGGUGACCUGCCGGGUGGAGCCGGGUGCCGGACCAGCCUGUGAGUCCAACUUCACUGUGUCCUUCUACGUCCCGGAGCAGUUCCAGGCCGAGCCUCCUGCACCCACCGAGCCCAGCGUGUUCAUCGAGACCCGCAAGGAGUUCACCGCCUACGUCAGGACCUUCGGCGGCUUUGCCAACGAAGAGAUGAAGAAGAAGGAGCUUGUGAACCUGCUCGAGAGUCUGCGCAGAGACGCCGUGCCCUUCGUGGAGCAGCCCUACUACACCGCCGGCUACGACAGCCCCUUCAAACUGACCAACCGACGGAACGAGGUCUGGAUCCUCAAGCAGGAGUAGAGGUCAAAGGUCACGUCACUAGAAACGACGCCGCUGGCGCCUUAUUCAGUCUCACACUACGUUCAUGUCCGUUAACCAAAGCGCGACAGUCGUCGUGCGUGUUCCAAACAUGCAACUGUGUGACUAAUCCUUGUUUUUACUCAUUUUUGAGAGACACUUGAAGCCAAUGUUUUUAUUUGUGUCCCUCCUGCGAAUGAAGCAGAACAUCAAGGGUCAUUCAACAAGUGCUGAACGAAGGUCAGUCAGAGGUCACAGGUCAGAAAGGGAAUUUUAGAUUCCUGUCAACAAUUGACAAAGAAGAAUAAUGGAAAAGCUGUUUUUCACAAAGUGGUUUUACUUUGUCAAAUAAUAAAAUAUAGAACAUAAACUUCCUGUUGUCAUUUCUCCUCCGCCUGCCUGUAAA